AUGAAUGACACACUUCACACCUUUAUGCAAGAACAACAGGAGUUCCACAAGAAACAAGAAACAUAUAUGGCUACUAUAGCCGAAGCUCUCUCCCGUUUGACUCUCCCUCCUCCAACUAUGCAAAACACCCAACAAGCCUCAACUUCUAGUAGUUUACCCUCUCAACCUCAACCCAAUCCUAAGGGAAGCAUCAAUGCCAUCACCCUUAGGAGUGGCACUAAGUUGGAUGAUAUUGGUGUUGUGCAUACAAAGUUAAGUGAGGAGACAAACAAUGAAGAGGUAGGAGAUGAAGUGGAAGUGAUAAAGGAUGAGAAUAAAAAUGUUGAAAGAGGUGAAGAAGAACCACUCAAGGUCAAGGAGCCAAAGAGGAAGAAUCCACUUGAAGAGCCUAUGCCCAUUCCAUUUCCAACUUUGGCCAAGAAGGCUAAAAAGCAAGAAGAACUUGACCCUAGCAUGGUGGAAGUUUUUAAGAAUGUUAAAGUCACCGUCCUCCUCUUUCAAUCCAUUCAACAAGUGCCCAAAUAUGCCAAGUUCCUCAAAGAUGUUUGCACUCAUAAAGACAAACUUGGCGAGCUCAAUAAAAAGUCGGGGACGUGCGUAAGUAUUAUGUCACUCUCCAUUUAUGAAAGAUUGAACUUGUUACCCCUAAAGAGGUCCGGAGCGAGAUUUGUGUUGGCCGAUAAGAGCAUUGUAUCAGUUGUGGAGAUUGCAAAAAAUGUCCUAGUUAACAUCCAAGGAUUGCUCUUCCCAGUUGAUUUCCACAUUUUGGAGACCCCUCCCAUUGACUCAAACAAGCCAUCAUCCAUACUCCUUGGAAGGAUACAGAAGAAGGGUAAGAAACCGGUCACUUUACCAGUUGUGCAACCUACAACCCGCACAUCCAGACCUUAUUUCAUGGAUCGCCCAAGUGAUAACCCGAAUGUCUUGGUCAACCAGAGAGCCGAGUUCCAAUAUUAA